GAAGUCAAUAUCAGUAAUAAAUUUCGUCAAAAACUUUAAAGUUGCAACAGAUUACUGAUCUUCUUACCACUGUUACGGACUUACUAAGCUUCAACGUGAUCGUCUCAUCAUGGCAGGGAAUAGAGCAAGCGUUAUUUUCCGACAGGUGAGUUGGGGUAACCCCAAGAUUUGAUUCAGGGAAGUCGAUCUGUUGCAGCUUUCCUGUUUCCCGGUCGUUCGAGUGAACUGUCUACAUUUGUUUCCAUUCGUGCAAUUUUUCACGUCCAUUUUCAAACGCACAUUAAAACGAUCCAGGUGUUCGAUUUUCUCCCUGUGCUUCAAGAAUUUCCAGGAAACUUAUGCUGCCGUAGAUAUCAACAAAUAUUAACAGACAGCAUGACCCAAAAAGUGGUCGAGUGAAAGGUGAACAGGAUUGGUGAGGAAAAGGGGGCGUGUAUGCGGGACGUGGCUCUCUUUUACCUCCAAGAGGUCAACAUACGGUUUAUCCUCACAAUCCCAAUAUGUUAUCCAGCAAACAUUUGCUGAGAACAAACAAACAUAUCUUUUUUGAGUAGGAUUUUCUUUCCUCUACCAUUUUACACGGAAAAAUAGAGUUCUUAGAUACACAGUUACUGUACAUAGCUGUUUAGUGGGAAAAUUUUUCUGGAGCAGCUACACAUUCUAGGGCCACUGGAGUCCACCUUGUCGGCAUGCUUUGAAGAAAAAGGCAAGACACAAAAGAAUGUAAAUUUUAAGUGGCCCUGUAUUCUGUAGUUUUGCCAUAAUUCUAAUCAUUUAUUGGAGAUAAAGGAUUCAUUUUGUAAGAUGAGUUAGCUAAAUGUUUCCUCUUUUGAUGACCAUUUGUAAUUUUACCUGUUCUUUAGCUAUUUGACUUGGAGUCAUUUACCUACACUUACUUACUGGGAUGUCCUAAGACUAGGGUGGCCGUUCUCAUUGACCCUGUCGACACCCAGGUUUGUGAAAUAUUUAUAAAUAAUUAGAGGUAGUAAGAACCCUGCCAAUUUAAGCGUGGCUGACUCAACCCCCCACCUCCUCCUGCUAAUUCAAACAAGAUCUGAUCUCACUCCGAUUUGACCCCAUUUUACCAGACUCAUACUCACAGUCAGUUAACUUGAACUCCACGUUAACUCAUUAAUUUUACUUUCCCUUUGCUCAAAUUUACUCUGAUUACCUAAACUUUUGGUAAAAACCUCCAUUGAUAAACAUCAAUAUCAGAACAUAAGCUGAUUGAAUUGUCCAAACCUUCAAUCCUAACUGAUACAAACUUGAAAGAAAGGAAACUCUGCAAAAAGUGUUAUGGAAAAUGACAACUUUUUUUGGUGACUUGGGAGUUACAAAGUAACACUGCAAUUUAAAAUCAUACCACCCUGUAAGCUCAUAUAGCAAUUUUAUUUGCAGGUUAAGAGAGACAUAAGAGUAGCAAAAGAAUUGGACCUUAAACUUAUUUACGCAAGUUAGUAAAUGAUAUCAAUAAAUGUUUCAAGACUAUAAUUAAUCUGCCAUUUGCAGAACUGUGCAAGAGAUUCAUUACAUUAUGGUCCAAUAGACUACAAGAAGUCCCUCCUUUUCAGAGAAGCACAAAAAAUAAUUUGUGUGCCUGUUCUUAGAGUUCUGUACAGCAGGCUGACAUCAAUUUCUUUUUUUGCUGAUUUUUUUUAAAAAUUAUUUUCAAUUUAAUUCCAUCAGUGAAUACACAUGUCCAUGCUGAUCAUGUGACAGGAACAGGGAUUCUUAAAAAUCUCACUGGCUGCAAAAGUGUGAUCUCUAAAAUCAGUGGAGCUAUGGCUGAUGUGUUUGUUAAUAAUGGUGACCAAAUCAACUUUGGAGAUCAGGUAGUUUCUCAAUCUUUAUGAUGAAUAUCUCUGACUCAAUUGGUUUACUGGUAAUUCAGAGUUAAAAUGUUGAUUUUUUUUUAUCCAUACUUUAUUGAAAGGCAAAUUUAGGACUGACAUAAAUUAACCUUUGAAUCCCAUGAGAGACCAGGAUGAAAUUUCUCCUUACAAUAUUAAUGCAAUAUCAAGCAGAUAAAUGGUAAGAACAUAGAGUUCAACAUCAACUAGGGUAUUAUUAGCUGAUCCAAUACCAUUAAUUCUCUGAAUUAUUGUAUUAUAAGAAUUGUGUGGGAGACAGUAAGGAGAAUUAUCUAAGAGAUCUUGGGAGUGAAAGGAUUAAUAAACAGACAUUUUAUUUAUUUAUUUUUUACCAUAGGUACUCGAGGUGCGCUCCACUCCAGGGCACACCAAUGGUAUGUUAGAGACUUAGCCAUUGAAACCCUUUUUUCCAUUGCGUUAAUAUUGAAAACAAAAAAAAUUCCACCAACUUCAUCUUGUUUAUAGUGUUUAUGGUGAAUACAAUGGUCUGCUAUUCUGGGACUGAGAGAGAAUUUUAUUAGUAAUCAAUUAAAUAAUUAACAAGCUGCUAAUAAAAAAUCAUCACUUGCCACUCUCAUAAUCAAGCCAUCUCUUCUUCAAAUUAUUGCACCAAAAUUUUGGAUGUGACUGAAAUCAUCCAUACCAAGGGCUUGAAGUCUCCUGAAAAGCUUUACACUUAACUCAGUGGCUUCUGCACUCACUCUCUCUAAAAGUAAUGACCAACCGCUAGCUUGAAUUAAGUAUUAUCAACUGAGUUAAUAACAUAAAUUGACCUCCGCAAAGAAUUUGAAAGCUGACAUUUCUAGAGUUAGCCCUUCAUCAGAGCUCCGACAAAGGGUUAACGUUUGAAAUAUUGGCUUUAAACCUCUUUAUGGCAGCCAAAUUAUGUUAUCCAGUAAACUCAAUUGAUAACACUUAAUUCCCCUUUUUUUACUCUCCCGCCAAUGCAGCACCACAGUUUUUGUAGUCACUUACCCCCUUUAUUCAUUAAUUUUAUUCAUUUAUUCACUACGUGUACAGUUCUAUCAUUGAAUUCAUGCUUUGUAGGUUGUGUGACGUAUGUGGAUCAUACUGGUAGGAUGGCAUUUACUGGUGAUGCCCUUCUGAUAAGAGCUUGCGGAAGAACUGAUUUUCAAGAAGGUAAUCAUGAAGUUGAAUGGGCAAUAUGAAUCAAGUUUUUUUGUAAUUGUUAAAUUAAUCAUAACAGUUUUUGAGCAGGUCUAGAAAAGUUCCACCUAGAAAGAGAGAUAUUUUUAGGAAUUGAAGAAGGGUGUGACUGUAUAUGCACCCAGGUUGAUGCUGUACCCACAAGUAGUCUCCUGUUUCUCAUUGAUGGAAUAUCUGAGGAUCUAAGCAGAAAGUCAUAAGGUCAGCUCCUGUACACUGCAAGAUAACUUAGAACUUGGAAAUUUUGAGUGUAAUUAGCCAGUAGAGUAGACUGAGAUGAUUUUGGUAAGCAAGUGUUUGAAAUAUUUACUUCAUGAAAAUUAUAGCUGCCUUCUUUGGUCUUAACUGCACUGAGCAGAAUGCUGGCAAGAAAAAGAAAUCUGUACCAAAGGGGGUGAACAAUAGUCCAAAGGAGGGAGAGGUCAAAACACCUUUGAGAAACGUUUUCCAAUUGUUUUUAGAAGAACUGCAAUCUCUUUGACCAUCAUUAAGAGUUAAGGACAUGCAUGAGUUAAAUUUGUGUUCUAUAAGUGUAAUUUAGCAAUGUCUAUGGUUACUUUAAUGACUAAUUGUCUCUUUUUCCAGGGAAUCCUGAGACACUGUAUGACUCUGUAAGGAAUCAGAUCCUCUCUUUACCAGAGGACUACAUGUUGUAUCCAGCUCAUGACUAUAAUGGUUUGUUCAAUGUUUGAAAACUAGUGCAGUUUGUUCAAAUGAAAUUUUAGUUGGAAGUUCAGAGCUCAUUAAGGAUUCAUAAAUUUUGAUAUAAUAAUGUCACUUUUCUCUCCGAAACAUGCACUGGUUGAAUCCAGUUUAUUUCUUUGGGUUGACGAAGGAAGAUAUUUCUCAAUUAGUUUUGGUUGCUUCAAUUUUAGGUGUGACAACUACAACUGUUGGAGAGGAGCUAAAGUAUAACCCACGCUUAACCAAAUCUAAGAAAGAGUUUAUGGAAAUCAUGGAACAAUUGGGAUUAACAAGGCCAGCUAGGAUGGGUAACUAAGUCAUUCCUUUGUUUAUUGUUAACAGUUUACAAGCAUGUUUUUAGACAGAUUCCUGGCAAGAGACUAGUGAAAAGAGAACAUAUUCAUUGACCAGCUGGUUGGCUGACUGACUGAUGGAUUGACCUAUUUGACUGCCUGACUGCCUGACAAUUGCCAUGAUUGAAAGAAUAAUUGACUGACUAACCAACCUGAUGCAUGACCAUGUUUGUCAUGCAAAGGCUGGCUGUCUGACUUGCUGACUGGCAGACUGAGGGGCUGGCUGGUUGGCUGAAUGACUGACUGACCGAUUGCCUGACUGCCUGAAUUACUUGCUGAUUGGCUUAAACUGACUGGCUGACUGAGGGGCUGGUUGGCUGACCGGCUGACUGAAUGACUUGCUGAUUUGCUGACUGAGGGGUUUGUUGAUUGGUUGUCUGGCUGACAGGCUGACUGACUUGCUGACUGGAUUAAAUGGAUUGGCUGACUAAGAGGCUUGCUGGCUGGUUGGCAUACUGAAUGAUCCAUUGACAUGUGACUGAUUUAAUGGAAUUUUCUUUUCAUCAACAGAUGAAGCUGUACCUUUAAAUGUCAUGUGUGGCCCAAGCCAACUGGGUGAGUCACGGCAAAGGAUGGACAAGUGACAUUUGAAAACUGUCAUUGGCCAGAACGGUAACCGGUCAAGUCGCCCGAGAGUCAUCUCGCCCGAAGUCAUGUCGCCCGAAACCUGAGUCAUGUUGCCCGAAAUUUUUGUAAUGUCGCCCCCAAAAAAAGUCAAGUCGCCCGAAGAAACGAAUACUAAAAAGAUCAAAAUUUCAGACUGUCAAUAGGCAAUAACGUUGAGAAAUGUUUUAUCGCUAAAGCGCUCUUUGUUUCCGACAACACCAUGAAGAUUCUUAAAGCGUUGUUCGUUCCUAACAACAAAGGGAAGCGUUCUCUGUUUCUAACAAAAAAAUGAAGCGUUGUUCGUUUAAUAUGUACUCGUAUGCUAUUCACGGACAUUUCGUAAGCUUGGGAAACUCUUUCCUGUUUCUUAAAACGCCAUGAAGACUUUGACUUCACAGAAAUCGAUUGUAUGGUCAGAAUUGAAAUAUGUUUGAGUAACGACUCUAAAAGCGUUGUUCAUUUCUAGCGACAGAAGGAAGCGUUGUUCGUUUCUAUAACAACAAAUGCACGGAUGCAGCUUAACAUACAAGUAGAGUUCUGUUGUGUCUAUUUGUGACUUUCUUAACAAUAACACCUGGUAAACGAACGUCGAUUGUCACGUUCGACAAGUCGGUAAAAGGUAAAGCGAGUAACAUACAAAUACAAUUAACUUGUUGCCUUGCGUAAGGUAAGUGUGAUAUUUUUAAGAAAACAGUCUCUUGUUUAUGCUUGUGACUUUUUUCACAGUAUUAGUCUGAUAGCGUCAUUUCCCUCAGGGCCAGAAUAGGCAAAAGUUAUGUUGUUGCGCACUGUUUCCUCUGGCGGUCGCAUAUAUAUUUUGAACCGAUCAAAGUAUAUAUGAAGAGGGUAAAGCUAGCUACAAUACGAAUACGAACUGAUCAAAAUGAGCAUUCAUUUUUUUUUUUUCAGUGCGACGAUUACGGUCGACAUGGCCUUUAACCAAAAUUUCGGGCAAAGUCUUCAUGUCUUUGUUAGAAAUGAAAACUCUCAAAGUUACGAGAAAUGUCCAUGAGAAACGAGUAUAUGCCAAACGAACAACGCUUCAUUUUUUUUUUUGUUAGAAACGGAGAACUCCCUUUGUUGUUAGAAACGAACAACGCUUUUAGAAUCGUUACUCAAACAUAUUUCAAUUCCGAGGAUACGAUCGAUUUCUGUAGUCAAAACAUGGUAUUGUUAAACCGAAACCACGUGAGCAAGAAAGAAUCAAACAAACAACGCUGCCUUUUUUGUUGUUGGAAACGAACAACACUUUAAGAAUCUUCAUGGUGUUGCUAACUUUAGUGAAAAAAACCAACUAUUAACAGUCUAAAAUUCAGAUCUUUUUAGUAUUUGUUUUUCGGGCGACUUGCUUUUUUAGGGGGCGACAUAACUAAAAAUUUCGGGCAACAUAAGGUUUUUGUAAAGUCAAUGAAACCGCCAGUGGCUAGCUAACAGGAACCAUUGCCAUUAAGAUGGUAAAUCAAUGAAUAUAGUGGCCAUUGCCAUUAAGAUGGUAUCUUAACACUAACAAAAUACAUAAUUUUUAACUUAAAUGAAAUAUGCAUCAAUUGGUCAACAGUUCCCUUCCAUAUUGCCCGGCUUGGGCCAAGCAAGUUUAGCAUAAUUUUUAAAACAGAACUCUGUGAAGGAAGCAGCUAAGUUCGCCUUCUUUCACGGAUUAAGGAACAAAUUGCAAGUCUAGAGUCUUAUGUACACUUAGCCUCAAUAGGGC